AUAUUUUAGACUGGAGAAUUCAUUUCACGGAUAGUUUAUAUUUAUGAUAUGGUUGGAAUGACAAUUGCAAAAGCGACGCACAAAAAAAGUCUGGAAAUAGUAAUGGAAUGGAUCACUAUGUUUCAAAACAACUUCCCAGAACGUAUGAAAACAGUAUACGUAAUCAACGCCCCCUCGUAUUUUUCAGUCUUGUUUGCUAUUGUGAAGAUAGUUAUUUCAUCUGACCUCUUAAAAAAAAUUCAGAUUGUUGGACCAGAGAAAGUAAAGGAGACGUUAUUGGAGACAAUAGAUGCCGAUGUCUUGCCAGCAUUCCUUGGGGGAAAUAGAACCGACCCGGAUGGUGAUCCUCUCUGUAAAACAUUUAUAUGCCAUGGAGGUACAAUACCGACUCAAUACUAUCUCUCCAAGAAAUCAAUUAAGCAGGAAGAUAACGUAGAAUACCUUUGUGUAUUGAGAAACUCGCAAGUCGAAAUCGUAGUAAAUGUUGAAGUGCCAGGCUCCGCUUUGAUGUGGGAAUUCGAAACAACUAACAAAGACAUCGGAUUUGGAGUUUAUUUUCAAACUGAUGCUGGCGAGUUCAUUGAAUUGAUUUGUAAGAAAAGGAUUGAAACUACCUGGGCGCCAGAAAUGGGAUUGCAUGCUUGCGAAAAAUCUGGUUCUUACGUUCUUAUUUUUGACAACACUUACAGCUGGUUUUAUACGAAAGAGAUAUAUUACAGGAUAAAAAUUAUUCUACCAACCACAGAAUGAGAAAGACAAUAACAGAUAUAGGUUACAUGAAAAAAUUUAACCUACUUUUUCAUUUUUUCGUCUGCUCACAAUUCGGUCCAAGCCAUUAAAAGCUCCAGAUGCCACGAACAAUAUAUUUGUAGUAUCCACAACCACUGAUUCACCUCGCAGCUUUCUAGAAUUUCUCUCAGGUACAUUAACAAGAGCACCUUC